AUGGCACCCUAUGUGGUGGGUGCAGUGCUCUUCAUCGCCUUGGGGGUUGCUGGACUGGUCACAUGGUGGCAUCCCAACAUCUCCUUCCACCGAGCUCCUGUGAGCAAGCUCGACAUGGAGAAGGAGGAGGUGUUAGCCCACCUCCGAAACCACACCAUCUUGCACGUGGGCGGGGUGCACUACAGCGGCCUGACGCUGCUGUCAGAGCUUCUGGUCCAGCACCCACAGCUGGCCGGCAUGCGGCAUCAAGAGGGCGCCGACAAGCGCAAGACUCAUUGGGUGAGCGACGUGGGCAACGAUGGUGUUUUCCUCCAGACGGUGAUCCCCAACUGGGGCACCGAUCACAAGCACUUCGCACUGUGGAAGUCCGUCAGCAAAAUGGCUAAGCGUAUCCUUCCAGCCUCCGUGGAGGAACACUUUCCCUGGAUGAAGCUGCGGAGUGGCAUUGGGCGCUUCGCCCUCAACCCAGAGCAUCAUUUGGACGAUAGCACUUGGUUGAUCCGCAGCAGCGCGCAGGUGCAUCUCUUCAGCGAGUGGGCGCUCUUUUGGGACCUUUCGAAGAAGGUUCUUUUGGAGAAGUCACCGUCAAAUGUCGUCUUAUCGCCUUUUCUCCAUCGCCUUUGGUCCUUGGAUCUCAACACCCAGAGCCCUGGGCGCUUCAUCUUCCAACAGCGCCACCCGCUGGCCGUGGCGAUUGCCACCAGACGGCGCUUGGGGCCACUCGUUGAUGAUCUGAGCAUGAAAGACUUGAUGGAGAACUGGUUGGCUGCAGAGGAGCGCAGAGCCAAGGACAUGCAGUCCUACUUCGAGUACUACGGCUUUGCCAAAGACGUGUUCCGCAUCGUCCAGUUCGAGGACCUCAUUCGAGAUCCAGAGAAGGUGGUGCAGAGGGCCGUUUGGGAUGUUUGAUAGGAGGACCCGUCAAGAACCCAAGUAAGUGGGUGUGCAAUUGCUCAAGUCUAAGUGUGUGAUGUUUUGAGUUUUGUUGUCCACACAGGAUGCGGUUGUGAUGACUCAAUAAGUGCGAGUUCACUAAGGUCAAGGAACUUGCACUCGUAGAGGUCUUGUUCUGAAUGAAUGGUAUUGGCCUCUUACAUAAAUAAUCCUCAUAGCUUUGGUGUGUCUCAACUAAUGGGGUCGGUUAGAAUAGUUCAGUUCCCUUUACAAAAUGUUCUACCAAGGGUUUGGGUUCUCCGAUUCUAAGUCACAUCGUGACGGUUGAAAGCCGGAAGAUACAGUACAGACAAUGCAGGCAGAUCUCCUCCACAAGCCUGCCCCCUUCCUUGAGAAACCCUGAACAUUCCAGCCUUCAAGUUGUUCAGCCUUUCCUUGCAAAAUGUGCCUGAAAAUGCUUCAACUUCUUUGCCCAAGCAAGCUCGUUGCAAGCGAGUCGCCCAUUCAAUUGGCGUUGCAACCUGCAUUUCUUUGUAAAACCACUCUGGUAUGGUGUGCUCGAUGAUAUGAGCAUAUCUCCUGUGAAUUCCCCCGAGCCUAGCCUAGCUUAUCAUUUCAAACCCUCUUGAGUCUUCUUUUGUUGAGAAGCUAACUCAUCACCAAGUCCGUAGCAGGCGUUUGAUGCUGAGGUAUGUGACAAUCACCUGGUGGUGGAAGACUGGGCAGUGAAUGACAUGAAAGGUGUUGAUUUGCCGCUUAUGUCUUCUGACAUCGAGGGUAGAUUUACCUGUUUGAAGAUAAUAACGAUGAUAGUGGGCAUAGUGGAUUUCAGACUGAUGAUUCCCUCCCUGCUUGGAUCCUACCUUCUAAAAAAGGGUGCAAGUGGUUGGCCACAUACGAGUCGCCGCUUGCCCCAGCACGACAUCUUGCAAAGAGGUAUAUCUUAAUCUACUAAAAUCACACAGCGUGCUGUGUUCAUCUGAUAAUCUGAGGGUUA